GAUUCAGUUUGGACUUUUCAAGUGAACUUACGGUAAGAAUCGGCUUGAACUUUUUCUCGAAACGAACUAAUGGAAUCGGCUUAGACUUUUUCUCAAAACGGAUUAGUGGUAAGUUUUUUAUGGGUGUGUUAUUAAUUCUUUCUUUUGGAAUGGAAUCGGCUUGGACUUUUCUCGAAACGGACUUGUGGAAUCAGCUUAGACUUUUCUUGAAACGGACUCGUG